GUCCGUGAUACUCAAAUCAUCCCUCUCUGGAGAGUGUAAAGAAGAGAUUUGAGAGAAAGAAGAAGAAUCAGCAUCAUCAUCAGAAGGAUAUCAGUUCUUUGAAGCAAAUGGUCCUGAUGAUUAUAAAAGGACUAUUCAGGAGAUAUGAGAAAUGGAAUCCAGUUCAUCCAACUACAGGUGCAUUUUGGGGUAUGGGAUUAGGGGUUGGAUGUGGUGUUGGUUGGGGUCCUGGAUUUGGUCCUGAAGUUAUUGGUUAUGUUGGUGCUGGUUGUGGUGUUGGGUUUAGUGUUGGUAUCACUUUUGCUGGUGUUGGCAUUGGUCUUCCUGCUAAUUUCCUUCUUGAAUCUCCAUACAAAGCUCUUGUGGCAACAACGGGGCUUGUCAAAUCAAAUACUCUUCCUGCCAUGAGGAACAUUACAGUGGAUGGUUGGAAUCAUAUUCAACCACAAAUAUCUGGUUUCCAAAGAGACAUUAGCGGAAGACUGUAUGGCUUCAAUCAUCAGGAUUCUGCAAGCCCUGAUUCUGGUUUAAUUGAGAUGCGAAGGAAAUUUAAUUGUCAAGCUAGGUCUGUCUUAGAAUGUCUGGGAGCAUUCCGCAAGCGUUGCUUACCUGUACGUAAAGGUACAUGAGGAAUGAAAGUUACUCUUUAGGUUAUGUUAAGAAUUUAACUACACUGUCGUCUGUCGCCAAUCGACUCACAGUUAUAUGAAAACCGGAUCGUUGUUGUAGGUUUUCUCACAACAUUCAGUAACUAAACAUCCAGAAACACAUUCUUGUAACUUUGUUAUCUAUGUAAAUGGAUCCUUGUUUUAUAUUUCAAGUGUCAUA